CAACCGACGUCGGCGCGCAGUUCAAGCCCACAUGUUGGCUGUUGGUGUGCUCAGUUGAGUUUUGGUUUUCGCGCUGUCGAGUCAAUGAAAUCGGAAAGCCUCAAAUUGGUUGUUGUGAAAAUUUUGUGAGCAUAUAUGUGCGAUUUGUGACCGAAUCAUUUUGUGUGGCAAAUGCAGUUUGUGUUGCAAUUUUUGAGAAAUUUAUAAAACUAACAGUGGUUUGUGUAAAAAAGUGUACAAGUUGGCGGGUUCGUCACUUAAGUCUUUUGUAUGCUGGAAAACGCAUUUUUGAGUUAAAUAUUUCGAAAGCCAAUAUUGCGAAUAGUGAAAUUGUGAGCUACAAAACUGCUAAAUAAUUGUUGAACACAAAGUGCAAUUGCAACCAAAUCCAAAAUAAUUGCUUUGAAAUAGUAAAAAAAAUACAGCAGUGAUUAAUUGUUUUUUCGUGCCCUUCGGCACAAAUCUUCUGAGUCUUCUUAAUCGCCUUAAAAGCAAGAAGCAAAAAAAGUUGAAAGGAAAAAGGCAGACAUUGCCUGUCGACACGUUGCGGCAGGAUACACAGAAAAAGAAAUAAAAAUAAAAUAAAAUAAAAUUCAAUUAUUUAUUCAGUUGCAUUGUAGUCGCCCAUCCGUUUCCGGCCCAUUGUUCUAAUAACACACACACACACAGUUGAAUGUGUGUGCGUAUGUGCAUCCACAAUUGAUAUUUCAAUGAAUGAAUCAGCAGCAGUGCCUUCGAGCUGAGUGAUCAAACAUACCGAGCGCACAAGGGCAAAAGGAGCACAAAGAUAAAACACACGCACACACCGCUUUUGAAAGGCAGUGAAAUAGUUUUUCGGUAAACAGCGUGACAUAAUCGUUCAUUCAUUGACGAAGCAAAGCGCAUUUACCUGCCGAAAAGUAAGAGCAAUUGGAAACCCGCCUACUCGCCGUGUGAAAGGACCAGUCGCCAAAAACAACGCAACAACGCAAGUGCAUUCAGCCGAAUCACAUAACACUAACACAGACACACGCACAUAAAAACGUUGCGCAAAUAGGGCAGUGUUCGGUGUAACGGAGAUAAACGUGCACAUUGGAGUACCAGAUAAGAUGCUUAUCACGCGUACAAAUCGCUCCGAGUGAAUAAACAACACGUCCGUAACACACACAGACACACACACACACCCAUCCACCUGACACACACCUUAUAGUUCUGUGGCUAGCAUUUGCUUUGCGGUCUUCUAGUCGUUUUGUUGUUGUUGUUGUUUGCUCUGUGUCACCUAAGCAUUCAAUAGAGUUUUCCGAAUUCGCUAUUUGCCUUUCACACACAAAAGUGUUUGCAGUGCGCGUAGAUAAGCCGCGUUGUAGACCAGGCUGCGCGUCGUUCGGCUGAGCAAGUGAAGUGUCAAGUCAAGUCAUAUUGCCGCCAGCGUACCCCCGGCGACGUAAGGUAGCAGCAAGCAUGGCAGCUGACAGUCAAGCAGCGGCUGCUUUGAGCCCAUAUUCACAACAAUUGCUCACUUUAAUCCUCAUCGCUUCAAUCAAUGCGGCGUUGGGCAAUGAUUUGCAUAAUUUACAUGUCGAUACAGCAACGACCACAGCCACGCCAGCUAUGAACCCGACAUUAGCACUAACAACAAUCACACUACUAACGAAGAGUUCCCCAUAUAUGACGUCCGCUAGAACAAUGGCAAACCACAACAACACUGAUGAUAUGUCCAAUGCAAUAAUGUUGGCAGGUGACGCUAUAUCCUUAAAGCCCACACCGGCGUCUAUGAUACCGCACCCACCACCAGCCAUAAAGACGACGGGAAAGCUGUUUAACAAAAGCUUGCCGAAGCGACGAAAGGCGGGCGAAAUAUCCGCCAUUCCCGUUUACGAUCCCAGCGUAGAGUGGAAGUGUCCGAACGUCACGAGUUCGCGCAGCCUGGAAUGCGGUUGUGACCUGCCGCAUACACUGCGUUGUACCGGCGAUUUACACGGUUUAACGGUGCUUGCGAGCAAUUUGAGGGUGUCACCCUAUACCAUCUCACUGCUAGAUUGUUCCUUGAGGAAUGUCACCUUCUUGAGUGAUGCGAAGAUUUUCGAAGGCAUAUCGCUGUAUGGUUUGGUAAUUUCAUCCGGUGAAAUUAAACGCGUACAUAAAUCGGCAUUUUUGGGCAUAAAAGGACCUCUGCAAGCCUUAGGACUACCAGCGAAUGCGCUCUUAAGUGUUCCAUGGAACUCGAUAUCCACAUUAACAGCACUCGAGCGUUUAGAUUUGUCCAAUAACAAAAUAAAGGCUUUGGGCACUUCAGAUUUUGUGGGACUGUCAAACCUCGUCUAUCUUGAGCUGAGCAAUAACCAGAUAUCUAGCAUAUCACAACGUACCUUUAUGAAUUUACGGAAAUUAGAAGUAUUGAAAUUGGGCGGCAACCGUCUGGGAGAUUAUCCAACAAGCCUGAAGGCACUAACAGCCUGCUAUAACUUACGACAACUUGACCUCUCUGCUAAUAAUCUAAAUGGUCCAUUAACUGCCUCCACCUUGCCCGGCUUGAGAAGUCUCGAAUCAUUGGAGUUAAAUCGUAACCUCAUUAAGAGCAUACAAAAUAAAGCCUUGCAAAAUUUUUCUGGGCUCACUAGUCUCUCGUUGCGUCAUAAUCAAAUUGACGUGCUACAAGAUCAUGCCUUUUACGGACUGGGUACCUUAGAAAAUCUGGAUCUCAGUUUCAAUGGCAUUGUCGCUAUUUCCAGCGCCUCACUACAACAUCUGACACGCCUCACAACUCUCGAUCUCACACAUAACUUUCUGCGUGCGCUCACCUCUGAUUUGAUCAAUCCGUUACCCUCCCUACAAGUCUUGCGCUUGGCCGGCAAUGACAUUUCAAUAGUUGCAAAAAAUGCUUUGGAUGGCGCACGUGAAUUGAAGAGUCUCUCCAUGCAAGACAAUCCUUUGUCCUGUGAUUGCACGAUACGUUCGUUCGCCGAGUGGUUACAGGUGACUAAAAUACUGGCGGCCGAUUUAAUAAGCCCUACUUGUGUGACGCCGCCUCGGCUGGAGGGCGCACCACUCAUACAAGUGCCAUUGGAGACUUUAAACUGUGAAAUGGACAAUGUGGAGAAGGAUAAUGCCAACAUAAUCGAACAGUUAGAAGCGAUAACGAGACAAAACCAUACGACACAUAUCAAAGAUCUUUCGGAGGAGAUUGUACUACACGAACUGCAUUUCUCAGCCGAUUACGGACUGAUACUAACCUGGAUACUUAACCUAAGCAAAAACGACUAUAUGUGUGAUGCCAUCUUCGUCUAUAAAGAAGAGAAUAUCAAUGAAAUACUGAUCGAUAACUCACCGAUCCAUUGUGAGAGCAAGGUGCUGAAUGGCCAGAACACUGUCAGUGUUAUAGUACCGGAUAGCUCUUCCUUGGAAAUCGGGGAAAGUUACCGUUUCUGCCUCGUUAUGGUGCAGGAGCAAAAUCACGAUGCCGAUCUGAAUGUAGGCUGCUCCAACAUUACAAAACUACAACUUAGCAGCCCGGGCUCGGUGCCAGAAGUACGACAGUAUCAAAGGCGUCCAUACAGAACUGAGCUGCCUUCAUAUCGUGACAGCGAAACCAGUUUUGCACCGAUUGUCGCCCAUAAAAUGGAUGAGAAUUUCACGAAUUCUAAACGAAAUCACAAUGCCAUAUAUGAAGAGGCAAGUCAGUCACAACAAACUACACAGCAGCAUACAUAUAAUUUCUUGGAUUCACUAAAUAAAAGUUUCCUGCCGGGCUUGGGUGUUGGCAUACUUGUAACAUCGGUGGUAGUACUUAUAUGGGGCGCCACACGCAUACGACAAGGUUCGAGCAACAGCCGGCCGAGCACACCGACUGCGACCACCUGCUAUGCCGCUUCGGAGCAUAUAGCGCGCCUAGCAGAUGCCGAAAAUGGUACGCGCUAUUUAAAGUUGCAGGCCACGACCAGUCUUUGAGGAGCCCACAUCGAUGUUUCAAUUCUCACCACCAAUUUGUUCAUCGAGUGGAUUCGGCUCCUAUGAAUUAUAUUAUAAAUAUAUAUACUUUUGUACAUACAUACGAUAUAUUUCUGUGGAUCUGAAAAUAUGGUGAGUUGCUGCCUAUUAUAUGUUAGUUAAGGAUCAGCAACUCUUGUGAUAGUACAAUAUUUGUACCAAUUCAUUAAAGUACGGUUUUUCAUUUUCAAUCGAUUUUCUAGUUGUAAAGUUAACACUAUAGCACCUAAGCCAAAUAUAAACAAAUUGUUAAUUCCUCUUUUAUAGUAAUCUACUAGCUGUAAGUUUAUUCGAUUUCCACUCUUCUCCUGGUUAAAGAGCGCAUUUUUUGAUUCCUUGUGCCAUAGUUGAUCGUUUCCUGUACUCACAUUCUAAUUUAUUAGUUGUUUAAGUCGUAAGUUAGCCUCUCACGCUCAUAACUUUUUAAAUGAAAUGUUUCCAAUUUAA